CAUGGCCCAACCCGGAAGUAAAUUCCGGAGGCACUCCGCUGUGUUUUUAAAAGAAAAGUUCUGCUGGUAAUUAUGGACCUUCACUUUAUUAAAGAGGCUUUACCGGACUCUGUCAGCACCGACUUUCAGAAUCUGAACAAGUUCAAUGAGCAGCAAUUUCCUUGUCUGAUUGAAAUUCUGUUCCAGUUCCUUCUGGAGCCGAAAGAGAUGGAGAGAUUCAUGCAGCGGCUCACUGAGUUUGCAGGGGAACAUGGAAUGAGUGCUGGACUUCUGAGAAACCUGAUGAAGAGUGUCCUCCUGGUUCCACAAGGGGCCCUGAAGAAAAACCUGACAGCUGAGCAGAUAAGAAAGGACCUGAUCACAUUAGGACUAAACGAAGAUAAAGCAACUUUGUUUUCACAGCAGUGGGGAGAGCACUACGCUGCAUUGUCCAGACAUGCUAUUGGACAGAUAUUGUCAGUCAACCAGUUGGUUGACAUGGAGUGGAAAUUUGGAGUGACCGUUGGCACCAGUGAAACUCAAAAAGUGGGUAACAUUUUUCUGCAGUUGAAACUGGUGGUGAAGAAGGGGAAUUCCACUGAAAAUGUCUACAUGGAGCUGACGCUGCCUCAGUUUUAYARCUUCCUACAUGAGAUGGAGAAAGCCAAGGCCAGCAUGGAGUGUUUCAGCUGAUUGUGUCUUUUUCUUUGUCUGCAAGUGUAAAAAGUGUCUGCGUCUGUGUAUUCAUACAUUUAUAUGUGUCUACAGAUGAUUUUGUGCUCGUUGAUAACUUGUUUUUUCACUCUUGAAUCUAAACACAAAAUUCAGUGAUUUACUGUUGAACAUGAAUCUUCCAAUAAAACUAUUUUAAAGAAAACA